GCGGCACCCAGAGUCUGUGCUGUUCAGGUCUCAGAGGCUACGUUGGGUCUGUGGCUCUAACCACAGCCUGUAGAUAGUAGACUGUACUGCUUCUGAAGUGUAGUGCCUGCCUCCAACAGGCUCAUAAAGUCAGAGGGGUGACCAAGGGAUUUGACUCCAUGUGGUCACCUGGCUGCCUAAUGAGCAGCUAUCCCAACCUGCACUGACUUCUGAGGUCACUGGAAGGAAAUUAUGGUUGCUGGCUGUGAGUGUGGGCACCAUUUUAUAUGUUUGGACCCUGUGCAAUCUUUCUUCCAUAGCAAACCUGAGGCCUCAUGUAAUUAUGGCUGAACUACAUGCUCCAAGCUGGGAUAAAAUGACUCAAUGUGUCAUUUGCAUUUAUAUAAUCACCUUUUAUACCAGGAGAUAAGCAAUGGUAGUCUCAGUUGGACUGUUAGCCUGUUAGCUGUUCAUAAUCACACAAUGUCUUCUUUGGCUGUUCAUCUCCUUUUUUCUGUCUCAGAGUCAGGGGCACAGACUCAGGACAGGAGAGUUAACAAAGACUAUUGGGGUCCAGCCCCUCUAUAGUCUUUUCCCAGAGUUCCAGAAGAGACGCUACCAGUGGUGAAUUAAUUUAUCUGAGGGAUAAUUGAAUGAAUCUACAUAUAUGAAACUCUUUAGUCCAUUCACUUUAUUGUUCUAAGCCAAAAUCUCUCUACACAGCUUCAAUUCUGUUUUCAUACUUGGCUCCUGUCUAUCUCUUCCUCUCCUGUCCUCUCAAUGUUUGAAGAAAAAUCAAAAUGCCAAAUGUUUCAUUUGCUGUACACAAGGUCAUCUAAAAUGUGAUUGUACACUGGGCGGCGGUGGUGCAUGCCUUUAAACUCAGCACUCAGGUGUGGUGAUAUUGUGUGCCCCAACAUAUUGUCCACCUUAAUAAACUUACCUGGGGGUCACAGAACAGAACAGCCACCAGAUAUAGAGGCUAGAAAAUGGUGGCACACACAUCUUUAGUCCUAGCAUUCUGGAGGCAGAGAUUCAUCUGGAUCUCUGUGAGUUCAAAGCCACACUGGAAACAGCCAGGCAUGGUGACACACACCUUUAAUCCCAGGGAGUGAUGGCAGGAAGCAGAAAGGUAUAUAAGGCAUGAGUACCAGGAACUAGAGCCUGGUUAAGCUUUUAGGCUUUUAGCAGCACUUCAGCUGAGAUCCAAAUGGAUGAAACUCAGAGGCUUCCAGUUUGAGGAAACAAGAUCAGCUGAGGAAUGGCGAGGUGAGGUUAGCUGUGGCUGGUUCUGUUUCUCUGAUCUUUCGGCGUUCACCCCAAUACCUGGCUCUGAGUUUGUUUUUAUUUAAUAAGACUGUUUAGAAAUUCGGCUACACUCAGGAGGCAGAACCAGGCAGAUCUCUGUGAGUUCGAGGCCAGCCUGGUCUACAGAGCGAGAUCCAGGACAGGCUCCAAAACUACACAGAGAAACCCUGUCUUGAGAAACCAAAAAAACAAACAAAACAACAACAAAAACGGGAUUGUAAACUAGUUGUUCCUAGAAACAAUGUUUUUUGUAAGAAUAAUCCAAACAGAAUGCCCCUCCCUUCUGGAUUAUGCAGACUGUGUGGCAAUGGCAGGCACUGAACUAACAAAUGUAGAACAAUAAGGAACAGGCAAGGUAACCCUUUACCACUGGGAAAUACCUUGGGGGGCCUCUCACAGGACCCCAUGUCAAAUUUGGUUCAGUUCUUUCCUGUCAUCAUGGAGGAAGCUUCUUCUCUGAGCAAUUAAAUAAAGUACCUAAUGCUCAUUGUAAAAAAACACACUUCUGUGGGUGAUAGAGCAGGUAUAGAUGAGGAGCCACUUUGAGAUCUGGGGCACAUGACAUUUAAAAAUUUAAGUUUUCUGCAAUGAGCCAAGACCAUGUCUAAUAGCAACCUGUGAAGUCUCCAAAAGGAUGAUGUGGUCCCACAAUGAUGAUUCCACAUGGACUAUGAUAAUGCCACUAAGAUGACAAACACCACCCAAGGAUCGGCUUUGGACUACAAUCUGCACAGGACAAUUUUGAGUGACAAUGAGACAUGUUUGCUCCUGACAGCACCAAUCUACUUCAGAGAAGAUGAUGGGCGUUGAAGAAACUCCAUAUGGAAUUUACUUUCUUUGUGGCAAAGUUAGCCAGAUACUGGGCAAGAAAGUGCUUUUUUUUCCCUCGACUUCUGACAGUAUGCUGUCCAAAUGGACAAGCAGGACACAAAUAAAGGACUGCUCCACAGAAAAGUCUGUCAGAUACGCUAGCCCUGUAGGAUGAAGACAGAUGCCUUAACGUUGCAAAGGAAUCUUGGGUGACUGUGUAGGCAGCCAGGUGUUUCUGUCAUUUCUCACAAUUUUUGGAAGUCGCUUGCUUGCACUUCAUGGAACGUGCAGGGAUAGCUAAGUGGAAUUGGAACCCCACCAUAUACUCAUGACAGAACUAUAGGAAACUGGACUGUUUAGACAGUGUGAGCUAUCUGUGCUUCAGUCCUGAGUGAAUGACCCAGGACCAGUGACCCUUCACUAGGGAGGUAAGCAUGAGCUCCUAGCACACAGGUGGUGAAUAUGGACCUGAGUUUGUGAAAAACCAUGGAGACACUGGUAAAUUUCUAGUAGAGCUCUCACAAAAACUAAAUGGCUUACAGAAAUUACUAGUUGAAAGUUUUGAAGAGAAAGAAGUACAGGUGGAAAACUCCUGAGAUGUAUUAUGGGAGAUCUUUGCAAGUAAGUGUCAGAGAGUUGGGCAUUUAACUUUGUUCACUGUCUCUGUGUCCCUCAUCAAUACACUGUAGAGAUUCCAGUGUUCACACUAAACUGUUUUCCAAGCUGUGGAGUCAGAUCUAUGAAUGACUUACACAGAGUGUCAGUACAGAGGAACAGGAUUGUUUAUUUAUUAUUUAUUUAUUUGUUUGUUUGUUUGUUUGUUUAUUCGUAGGACAAACACAAUGUACUCAACUGCUUUAACCUGUGUUUGUUUUGUUUUGACUUUCCCUUUUUACAUAGAUACAGGGUCUCUUUAAAUUUUCCAGUCCAGCCUUUCAUCUCGGGUCCAUUUAUCAAGUAAGCUCCUAGCAGCUAGAAGCCGUCUGACAUACGACGGCUGGAUUCAAAAUCAUCUUCAAAAGGAAAUGCUGUCCUUCUGGGAUGUGGCCAUUGAGUUCUCUGCAGAAGAGAGGGAAUGCCUGGAGCCUGCUCAAUGGAAUUUGAACAGGGAUGUGAUACUGGAGAAUUACAGCAACCUUGUGUUCCUUGGUCUUGCUGUGUCUAAGCCACACAUGGUAACACUUUUGGAACAAAGACAAGAAUCUUCAGAUGUGAAGAGACAAGCAGCAGCCAACGUGCAUCCAGGAACAGUACCUGAUGAUUAUAACAUGUACAGAAAGGCCAUUGAUUGUAACUCACUAAUUAUGCAACGCCAGAGAAUUCAUACAAGGGAGAAACCCUACAAGUGUGAAGAAUGUAGUAAGGGACUUAGUUCUCAUAAAACACUUUCCAUACACAAGAGACUUAAUACAGGAGGAAAACCCUACACAUGUAAAGAAUGUCAUAAGGCCUUCAAUACUCGCUCAUCACUUUUUAUACACCAGAAAAACCAUACUGAUGAAAAAACCUACAAGUGUGAAGAAUGUGGCAAAUUAUUUUACUAUCCAUCAAUGCUGAAGCAACAUCAAAGUAUUCAUUCUGGAAAGAAACCCUACAAGUGUGAAGAAUGUGGCAAAUUAUUUUACUAUCCUUCAAUGCUAAAGCAACAUCAAAAAAUUCAUUCUGGAGAGAAGCCCUAUAAGUGUGAAGAAUGUGGCAAAUUAUUUUACUCUUCUUCAAUGCUGAAGCAACAUCAAAGUAUUCAUAGUGGAGAGAGAUCAUACAAGUGUGAAGAAUGUCACAAAGCCUUUCAUUAUUACUCAAGCCUUAAGAACCACAAAGCAGUUCAUACUGGAGAAAAACUCAACAAGUGUAAACUGAGAAGAAAAAGAUUUACUAAGCCUGCCUUCCACAUGGAGGACAAGGCAGCUCAUAUCACAGAGAAAGCCUACAAGUGUGAAGAGUGUGGCAAGUGCUUUUGCUCAUCUUCAUCCCUUAGAGUACAUCAAAAAAUCCAUUCUAAAAACAAUCCGUACAUGUGUGAAGAAUGUGGCAAAAAGUUUUCCUCCUUUGCACUCCUUCAACAACAUCACAGAGUCCAUACUGGAAAGAAACUGUACAAGUGUGAAGAGUGUGGCAAAUGUUUUUGCUCAUCUUCAUCUCUUAAAGGACAUCAAACAAUCCAUUCUGAAGAUAAUCCCUACACUUGUGAAGAGUGUGGCAAAAAGUUUUCCUACUUUGCACACCUUCAAGAGCAUCAGACUGUCCAUACUGGAGAGAAACCACACAAGUGUGAAGACUGUCACAAAGCCUUUCGUUAUCACUCAUCCCUUACUAAACACAAGAAAGUUCAUACUGGACAGAAACCCUACCAGUGUGAACAGUGUGGCAGAUGGUUUUCCUCAUCUUCAUCUCUUAGACGACAUAAAAAAAAGAAAAUUCAUUCUGAAGAAAAUCCUCAAAACUGAGGGGAAUGUACAAAGACUUUGUUAACUGUUUUAUCUGUACUCAGUACAUGAUAGAACUUAUAUGGGAGAGAAAUCCUACAAAUGUCUUAAAAAGUUUACUUCUCAACCCUUAAAAGAAAGCAAAUGAUUUAUUCUGGCUACAAACUCCCAUGAGUAUGUGAAGUGUGGUAAAAUCUUUGCUGAUAAUUCAGGUCUUAUCCACUCUAAUGUAUCCAUAGUGGAGAAUAUUAAGCUAAUUAUUUUUGCAAUAUCAACACAAACAUCUAACUUCCAAGAGCACUAAUAAAGUUAUCAGAGAACA